CUCCAAGGUCCCAUCCCGUAUGCAUUGUUCAUACUGAUACUCGGUGAGCGUUCGAGGAGGAAGCGGCAGGGAUUCGAACGCUGGAUACUUAGCAACUGGGGAUGCCCGGGAUCUAGAAGAAGUCACGGGAGCGGAGGCCGCACCUUUUGGUAAUUGCUCCUUGCACUGCAACGGCAGACGGAGGAUCAGGAAAGGGGAGGAAUGUGUUCCUACCCUCAGUUCACAUCUCUGGUGGCUGCGAAGAAAUGCAUAUCUUAAAAGAGAAUCACUGAUCCGCAAUAGCCGAUGACAUGCCUCUCCGAGCAACCUCUACAGGCUACCGACGCAUAUGGACCUCUUUUCGUCGUCGUCUUGCCCAUAGAGUAGUUGAUUUUCCAGCGUUUGAACCCUCCUUGAAUCGAUCUUAUAAAGCCCACUGUGGGGCCUAUUCCAUUCAUACGCAAAUGAAUCAACCCAGUGCGCCACAUAGCCCAGAUCCCAGAGUGGACAAAAUGAGGGAAUUAUUGAGCACCGGAUUCAAGGCGCCAAACUACACUCGAUGCCAAGAAAACGUGCCGGUCCCCAUAGCAUAUAAGCUGAAGGAGAGUCAGACGAACUCUGCCAUGCGUCUGUCCACCAUGGCUCACUUUUCCGGUAACUUAUUUCAUAGCUCACGGCCCCUCAUAGCUUUUCGCCAUCGUGACAAUAAAUUCGACAAGUCCGUGGUCAUGGUGUAUUGUUCCCAGAGGUCAGCGGCAAGUUUGAAUAGCGCCCGCGCGCGACAAUGCAUAGCCCAUUUGAAUAAUACCGCGCGCGCGCGCGCACUCAUGACGGCAACGGCUUCCACGCACCGCCAUUUAACAAUAUCAAUGGCUUCUUGGUCCGCGUGGUUCACGCCAAUAUUCCGCAUUUUCCGCACGUGUGCAUUCAUUGGCUUUCUCAUCAGCCCGGUUCUGCCGCGCGGCUCAGUGCGCCACGAAAUAACACCCUGUUUCUGUCAAAGGUAUAAACCGUAAGCCAGAGGAAUGACUUCACGAACUUCCACCUCACCAGAUGGACCAAAGACUCGGCGGAGAACCGAACCAUACCCCUCAGGCUUGACGCCUCGACGUGCGAAUUCUCAGACUCAGUCAAAU